AUGCAGAUUAUCGUUUCUGGUGCCCUCCUGGCCCUGGCCGGGAUAGCCCAGGCCCAGGUAGCAGGCUAUGGACAAUCAGUGACCACUACCAAGGCCACCACGCUGACAACGACCUCCAAGUCCACGACGCAGACAACAACCGCGAGCGGGGCUGUUUGCACUGGACAAUUUAGUGCAAUUUCAGCUGCUGAUUUUGUGUCUCAUCUACAUCCCGGUUGGAAUCUGGGAAAUACCCUUGAUGCUGUUCCCGAUGAGGGAUCUUGGAAUAAUCUCCCAGCUGUGGCAUCGACAUUCGAUACCGUGAAGGCUGCCGGAUUCAAGAGUGUCCGACUCCCAGUCACCUGGGCUUAUCAUUUUACCGGAAGCUCACCGGAUUGGACCGUUGACCCAGCAUGGUUGCAGCGAGUCUCCGACGUGAUUGAUAUGAUUGUGGCCCGUGGACUCUACGUUAUCGUCGAUGUGCACCAUGAUUCAUGGGUUUGGGCUGAUAUUUCCCAAUCUGGAGCCAAUCUUACCAUGAUUGAAGAGAAAUUCUACAGACUCUGGUAUCAGAUUGGAACCAAGUUGGCCUGCAAAUCCAAUCUUGUUGCCUUUGAGCCUAUCAAUGAGCCUCCUUGCAAUACAGCAGCUGAUGGUGCCGAGCUCAACAAGCUGAACAAGAUCUUCCUCCAGGCUAUCAAUGACGCUGGUGGCUUCAACUCGCAAAGAGUUGUUACUCUAGUCGGAGGUGGCGAGGAUAGCAUAAAAACUGCAGACUGGUUUGUUGCACCCUCUGGGUUCUCGAAUCCAUAUGCUAUCCAGUUCCACUACUACAGUCCUUACGAAUUUAUCUUCAACGCUUGGGGAAAGACUAUUUGGGGCUCUGACAGUGACAAGGCUACUGUAAAGGCUGACUUCCAGAAUCUGCGUAACGCUUUCCCCAAUGUACCCAUCGUUCUGGGUGAAUACGAUGCUUCACCCACCAACACCGAGCCCGCUGCUCGAUGGAAGUACGUUGACUUCUUGAUCAAGACUGCAGCCAGUCUUGACAUCUCCUGUGUGCUGUGGGAUAACGGAUUGGACCACUUGGACCGAACCACCGCAGUCUGGCGUGACUCUAACUCACUCUCGAUCAUCACAAAGUCCACCGAGUCUACUGCAAACAGUUUGCCUGAUAGCACUGUGGAUGAUUAUGCAACCACUCAGUCCUCGUCGGCUUAUAUUUUCCAUCAGUAUGGAACCGCUGUGACUGCACAGACUCUUCCAUUCCUCUUCAACGGCAACACGCUCUCGUCAAUCAGUGACUCUACUGGUGCGAAGUUGUCUUCGGGUACAGACUAUUCUGUCUCGGGUGCAAACAUAAUCUUCACAGCUUCGUACUUAUCCAAGUAUCUUUCGUCCACGACAGCACCGGGUAUCGUCGCCACUCUAACCUUGAAGUUCUCCGGGGGAGACUCGUCCCCUACUAUCCAAAUUGUUCAAUGGAAGACUCCAACUCUGUCAUCAACAUCGGCAGUGGCGUCUGCUGUCUCUGGCUCUGACCUGUUGAUUCCAAUAACCUGGGGUGGAGUAAAAACUGUUGCUGCAGUAAAGGCUUUGACCAAGAGUGGAAAAUACCUGGUCGAUGACUGGACAUCAUACUUGGGUCCUAUCCAGCAAGCGAGAACUACCUACAGCAGCCAGUUUAACUGGGACGACUCCCAUGUGAUCCUCACUUCAUCUGCUAUUAGCUCUGUCAUCUCUGCUGGCGAAUCAGCCGUCUUCACCUUCGAGUUUUACCCGCGGGAUAAUGGUGCUGUGAAUGCCGUCAACUUUACUUUGACUGUCUGA